CACACACACACACACACGCACACCGUCUCUCCGUGGACGCGGCUGUCAGCGCUCUGAAGAUGGUGGCGGCGGCCGCUGCCUCUCUGAUCCCAGCACACAGUCGCUUCAGCUGCUCCAUCGUGUCAAACGUGCCCAGAUAACCCCGAGAGAAGAUAUUCUCGUCGCAAUGUGGACUCUACAGAGGGAUUCAAAGAAAGGCUCUGAUAUCGUUUUAGUCUCGGGGUAAAGUGGAGUCAUUCAGAGCUGUAUGAAAACACCAUCUCCUGUCUGAUUCAAUUAAAGUGGUUGGAUCGAGGCGGGGCUCUGCUUUGUAACCUGUGGGGCUGAGGUGUGGAAGGGGAGCGGAGGUGGGGACCUUUUUAAUUAGCUCCACUCGGUCUCUGUGGGCUUUUUGUCUUCUUGCGUUCGCGAAGGGUGACCCAGCUUUUACAGGGAAACUUCAGACAAAAGGAAAGACUCCUGCACUCCGCUCAAGGCUACAGUUUUAUUUUCUCCCUCGCAGCUGCCAGGUGGACUCCCUGCGCUCCGGAUAUUUGGACUCCAUAUAGAGAUUUUUCUUUCGGUCACCGCGGACUGGUGACAUGCGGUGGGAUUAUACAAACGCAAAAAAAAAAAGAAAAAGAAAAAGUGCUCCGUGAAUGUCCUUAAGCAGCGUGUUUGGGCAGGAGUCAUCCACAGACACGCUUUUUGCGGAAAAAAAUAAAAAAUCCAAACAUUCCUAUUGGCUGUUUCCUCCACACGCGCCUGGACUUCUGCAAGAGCAGCUCGCGCAGAAUCCCCCUGUGAGUUUGGAUACGAAGCAGCGGUGGAGAGACCGGAGUGGGAAGGGAGGAAAACACGGGGCUCCGUGUGUGAGAACAUUUGGGAUUAGGCCCUGCAGCAAGAAGCAUGUGGCAUGCAUUUAAAAGCUUUUGGUGUGUGUUUCUGCGCUCACGUCGCCUCAGGUGUCGGAAAAACCGACCGUCUUUUUGAUCACAACUAGUAAUAUGAGAAUCCGUAACUCUGCGGACGAGUUACUUUGCCUGAACUUUUGCCUCGUCUCGUAAACAAAAUUUUACAGGAAGUAUUGCUUUACAUAGACAACGUGAGGAAGUGGGGGCUAAAGACUGAAUGUGGACAUUUAAAGUACUCUGUGGGUUGUCUAAAGAAAGCUCUUUAAAAAAAAAAAAAAAACUCUCAAUUAUGCUUUCAUAGUUUUCUAAGCCACUUCCCGCUCCUAACCUUUACUUUUGGGAUAGAUUUACAGUUUUAUGUAAUAUUUUCCAAUGACUGGAGUAAUCCCUGGGCUGCUUGGAGUGGAACAGAGCAGGCAGCGAAUGAACCUUGCAGUCUCAAGUGCGUCUAAACAGACGGGAAUGUAGAGGAAUGCAGCGAUUGACGUCAAGAGGGGCAAUAAUGAACUACUCAAAAACUUUCAAUAGUCUUCUGGUAUUGCUGCAACCAGAGCACUGAAGUCAUCUCCUUCUACUGUGUCUACAUGCUUUGCCUUACCUCUCUGCCUAGAUAUUUGUCAUGAUUAACUGUGCCUUCUAAUAGUUGUUUUCAUUUCGAAUAGAGCAAUAGACAACAUGGCAUCUCCCCAGCUUCAGAAACUGCUGCCACACAACACAGAAGUGAGCUGUGACUCUAGCGGAGACGGAGGCGUCUCGGUGCGAAUUGGCAGCAUUGUCAAGCACAGGCACGGAGGAGGGCCACUGGGCUCCAUCGGGGGAGGCUUCAUCGGGGCCACCAAGCACUGCAAGUACAGCAUCUCUUCUAGCUGCAGCUCUGGGGAAUCUGGGGUGAGGAGGCCCAUGGUGAAGAGUUUCCGCGCUCAUAAAGGGAUGCCCCAGCUAUUCGAAAGGUCAGCGGGUCACUUCUGGGAUCCAAAGUUUGACUCGUCUAUCUUGGAGGAGGCCUGUAGAGAGCGAUGUUUCCCUCAGACCCGGCGGCGCUUCCGCUAUGUGCUCUUUUAUCUGGUGGCUGCUAGUUUCCUCUGGGGGUUGUAUUUUGCUGCCCAUCCUUCCUGCUGCGACAUAGUUGUAUUUCUCCUCCCUACUGCUUCCUUCCUCGUCUUCUGCCUUCUCCUCUUCCUAAUGACUUUUACCAGGCUUUAUUCCCGCUUCUACAACCAAGCAUCUCUGCUGCUUAUCCUUGUAACCUUCAUAUUGACCCUGGCCCCUCAAAUUCAGACACUAGGAUUCAGGAACCCAGAUGGCAUGUCACCUGAUUUAGAUCAGGAAGUAUUCAGUGGCAUGGAACCCAUAUUCAACACGUCCAACGACAAUCUCGUUAGGGGUUCUAAUAAGUUCCCCUGCCUUUCUCCUGUGGGCACAUUCUCCCUCUGUAUUGAGGUUCUGCUAUUGCUGUACAGCGUUCUACAUGUUCGACUUUAUGCAUCUCUCAUGCUUGGGUUGUUGUACUCUGUCUUAUUUGAGACCCUGGGCUGCUUACUCCCAACUCAGGCAGGAGGAAACUGGAGCUGGGCAUUUUCAUCAGAGCUGGAGAUGUUCAGUUGGUUGGGUCCAGCCAAAGCACUGCUUCAUCUCUGCGCUCAUGCGAUCGGCAUCCAUUUGUUCGUUAUGUCUGAAGUGCGCUCACGCAGCACCUUUCUUAAAGUCGGACAGGCUAUUAUGCACGGAAAGGAUUUGGAGGUGGAAAAAGCCCUGAAAGAGAGGAUGAUCCACUCGGUGAUGCCAAGGAUUGUGGCAGAUGAGCUGAUGAAGCAAGGUGAUGAAGAGAUUGGUGAUAAUUGUGGUAAACGUUACUCAACCGGCGGUGCAGCUGCAGCCAUUUCCAGCCCAAAAAACAACAAACGCAAGAAAACCUCAAUUCCCCGAGGCCAGAUAAUCUUCAGACCCUUCAACAUGAAACGAAUGGACCCCGUCAGCAUCCUCUUCGCAGAUAUUGUCGGCUUUACCAAAAUGUCUGCCAACAAAUCAGCUCAUGCCCUUGUUGGGCUUCUAAAUGACUUGUUUGGACGUUUUGACAGACUUUGUGAGCUCACCGGCUGCGAGAAGAUCAGCACUCUGGGAGACUGUUACUAUUGCGUAGCUGGCUGCCCAGAGCCUAGACCAGACCAUGCCUAUUGCUGUGUAGAAAUGGGCCUGGGUAUGAUUCAGGCCAUUGAGCAGUUUUGUCAGGAGAAGAGGGAGAUGGUGAACAUGAGGGUGGGCGUCCACACUGGCACCGUGCUGUGCGGUAUCCUCGGGAUGAAACGCUUCAAGUUUGACGUUUGGUCAAACGAUGUCAAUCUGGCCAAUCUGAUGGAGCAGUUGGGUGUUGCUGGAAAAGUCCAUCUUUCGCAAGCCACUUUUGACUUCCUGGAUGACCGAUACCAGCAUGAAGAUGGACAGGUCAAUGAGAGGAUCGGACAGAGUGUGGUGGCUGAUCAACUCAAAGGCAUGAGGACCUACCUCAUCUCCAGCAGAAAGGUGGAGGCGCUCUGUAACUGCAMKCAGACGGGGCCGUCUGGACCGGGGGAUGCUGAUCUUCAGUGCCAAAUGCCCAGGUUGCACACGCCUGAUGGGGCCUGCACCCUCCCCUCAGACAAAAACAAGUCCCCCUGCCUGUCCUGCAGCGUGACCCUUAUGGCAGGAGAGGAUCAGGUUCUCGAAGAAGGAACGGUGCAUAAUGGCUGCCAUGAUGACAGAAGCAAUAACAGCAAGGACUCUUCAAAUCUGAAGUGUUCCCCUGUGGUAUCAGUUGGCCGCAGCCCCAAGACGGUGAAUGGCCUGCUCAGUCCUCAGCUUGAGGCCUUGAAUAACAGCCAGACCUCGCUGUGUGAGAUGCUGCAGGAAAAAGAGAAGAAGAGUUGGAGCGGAGGAGCCAUGGGCAUGGACCACUCAGCGCUCAUCCCGCUCCGAUCAAAGAACUUCCGGGAAAGGAGUGAUGCUCAUUUUGUGGAUGUUAUCAAGGAGGAUAGUCUUAUGAAGGACUAUUUCUACAAGCCUCCCCUACACAAGCUGAGCCUCACCUUCUUGGAGAGGAGCCUGGAGUCUGCCUACCGGAUAAGCUACCAGGAGGAGGUGGAGAAUCAAGCAGCGGCUCAGACGUUCGCCAGUCCAACGUUCAGCUCUUUCCUGGACAUGCUGCUGUGCUGUUUGGUCGUUCUGGCACUCUCGCUUGCUUGUUUGCUCCGACCUCUUGUCACCCAGCAGAGUCCAUCCACUCCGGCGCUCAUUCUGACAGCUGUAGUCGCCCUGCUGGAGGCUCUGGCUCUGCUGUUUGCCAUUCGGAUGGCUUUCUACCUGGACAGUGUGCUGAGCUGCACUCGGGUKCUGAUGAGGGCCAUCUCUGGCUGGAUAGUCCGCCACUUCGUCGGAGCUGUCCUGGUGUCUCUGCCUGCUCUGGCAGUCUWCUCCCAUUUCACCUGUGACAUGUACAACUCGAUCCAGUUUACCAUGUUCAUCUGCUGUGCCAUCAUCAUAGCUAUUGUUCAGUACUGUAACUUCUGCCAUCUCAGCUACUGGAUGCGCUCUAUAAUAGCCACCUUUGUGGGGCUGGCAAUGCUUACCUUGCUCUGCUGCUCCCCCUGCAGUGUUGUUGAGAGUUUUUUCCGGUCUCACACCCAAAGCAACAUUACAAACGGAUCCGUGAUCUUGUCCGACAACUCGACAAGUUCUGAUCAACAACCCAACUUCGACCCACACAAACGUCUUAUUCCUGAAGCCUGUGUGGCCUUCUUCCUGCUCCUUCUCCUCGUCUGGUUCCUUAAYCGCGAAUUUGAGGUCAGCUACCGUUUGCAUUACCACGGCAACGUAGAAGCRGAUCAGCACCGCAUCAAGAUUCAGAACAUGAGGGACCAGGCCGACUGGCUGCUUCGCAACAUAAUCCCAAUCCAUGUAGCGGAACAACUUAAGGUUACCCAGAGUUACUCCAAGAACCACGACAAUGUGGGAGUCAUAUUUGCCAGUAUUGUCAACUUCAGUGAGUUUUAUGAAGAAAGUUACGAGGGAGGCAAGGAGUGCUAUCGCGUCCUCAAUGAGCUAAUUGGUGACUUUGAUGAGCUCUUACGCAAGCCUGUCUUUGCAAAUAUCGAAAAGAUCAAAACCAUUGGUGCAACGUACAUGGCUGCAGCAGGACUCAACACUCAGCAGUGCGCGGAUGCAGCUCAUCCUCAAGAGCACCUUCGAGCUCUUUUUGAAUUCGCCCUGGAAAUGAUGCGAGUGGUGGACGACUUCAACAAGAACAUGCUUGGCUUCGGCUUCAAGCUUCGCAUUGGCUUUAAUCACGGGCCCCUGACAGCGGGCGUAAUUGGAACCACCAAGCUUCUCUAUGACAUCUGGGGCGACACCGUCAACAUUGCCAGCCGCAUGGACACGACGGGCGUGGAGUGCCGCGUUCAGGUCAGCGAGGAAAGCUACUGCGUGCUCAGUGGCAUGGAUUACGAGUUUGACUAUCGGGGAACGGUUAACGUCAAAGGGAAAGGUCAAAUGAAGACGUUUCUUUAUCCCAAAAGCAGCGACAGUGGCCCUGUGCCUCAGUACCAGCUCUCGGUCUCACCGGAGAUCCGAGCCCAGGUGGAUGGUAGCAUCGGGCGGUCUCCCACUGACGAGAUUGCCAGCAUGGUGCCGACCACCAGCAAGAAUGGAAGCAGUAUCAAAAUGAUGGUCCCCAGUGCCAGCAUCGGUUCCUCAAACACAACAGGGCUUAGUCAAAUGAAAGACUCAGACAUCAAUGUAAGAUGCUCCUCCACGGUCGCUUCUUGCGCCAGACGAUCCAUGUCACACAGUGGCUUAACAUCAAUACCUGUAACCAGUCUUGAGGGACACUCGCCAAAUAACAAACAGCUCAUYGUCUCAUCCUCAAUCCAACAACACGCACCACAACACUCACCAAGGAAAGACACAAAAGACAAGCUAGAGGACAACUCUGACUGUAAUGGUGGCGAUUUAACCAGGCUUUAAGCAUCUGCUACAGCAGCACUUUUACCACCAACCCUCAUCCCUUUAAGCUCUCAUUACCACUAGCUGGCAUGUGUAGAAGCUAUAUUUUUGUCCAACUUCAGGUAGAGGAGGUGGAUUUGGACAGACACAGAAAUCUGAGAUGUAUAAACAGACCAGAUUUUCCAUCAGCCAAGAGCAAGGUUGUUUGUAGUGUAAAUGUGAUUGGCUGAUAUCAUCGAGGGUGCUUGGUAGUUCCACACGUAGGGUGGUGGGUUAGGGUUAUUCAGAGAAAAUGGAAAUUUGCCUCCUAGCAACCCCAUUGUCUGCCAUUAACUUACUUGAUUAUCUUUGCACCUUUAAUCUUGAUUGUUUCUGUCAAAUGUCUUUUAAGUGCCUUUAGAAUAGAAUAAGACAAGGCCUUUUUAAAUCUAACAAUUAAAAGGGAAAACUUUACACAUGGAAACUUUUUGGGAAUAAAGCUUUGCUUUUGCUAUCGGUUUACUUUUUUGAACAAUAUUUUGCAAUGACUUAUUUUGCCUUUUUAACCAAGAUGAAAUCAGUAAUACGAGAAAUCAAAAUAAAGGAAUUAUUUGAAUUAUGUGAAGUUGUCAGAAGAAUGGAGGAAAGCUACCAAGUAGACCCAACAAUGUACAACUCGAGUUGGGAAUGUUUCCAAAUGUGGGAUAUGACACUUUAUUAUUAGAUAUUACCAUUCAACAUUUUCAGAUACUGCGAAGGUUGUUGUUGCUUGUUCAGCCAAAUAACAUCCAUACUACCAGGCAAAAUUGGCAGAGAUUUCUGUGAUAUUAGUCUGUCGGGAUGACUUCAUAUUACUACGUGACGGGGAAGAGUACAAAUUUAGCAUCUUCGCUGCUGUCUGACAAAAUCCAAAGCAGUCGUUGCUGACGCGUCACUAAUGUAACAAAACCAUAUUUUUAGUGUAGUAACAGAUUAUUUCCAAUUUAGAAAACACCAACAAAUUUGACAGCAAUCUCUUAUAAAACUUUAGAUGGUUAAUACAUCCUGUAACAGUCUUGUAUCCCAGGUAUUUAAACAUUUUAUAUUGUGUUAAAUUAUCAAAACCAGGAGUCCAUUCCACAAGUUGUGUAACACACCAGAAGUUUAGAUACAUCUUGCAGGGCUUGGUGAAAAGGCAGACUGAUACAGCCUGCAUUACCUAACAUAAUAACUUUAGCAUAGUAACAUAAACGUUGUUCAGCUUACUGGUAAAAAUGGCCUGUUGCAAAGGUUUCAAUAGUGAAUUUCUCCAUUUGACUAGCUCUUAUGAGASAWGGAUAACAUAUAAUCUGCAAUGCUAUUUAAUCCAAAUGCUUAUUCUGGUCUUGGUGGACUUGGAGCAAAAUGACUAGUCAAAGCUGAUGAGGCAAAUUAAUUCAGAUGACAAAGCAAAUGACAGCAGAGGACAGCAAAUAUAACCAAUGUAACUUUAGCAUAUUACACACAGACCUGUGUCAGCAUGGAAAAUGGCAACAAAUAUGAUGCUGUCUUCUUGUCAUAAGCAGAUAUUAGCUGAAAGUGCAGGCAGUUAAUGUCUACUAAUCUAGCAUUGUAUCCCACAAAUGGAAACAUUUUCAUCUUGAGUUGUUUUAAGCUGCUGAAGUCGGCGAAAACGCUUGCCUCUAUAUUAGCUUUUCACCGCUAUGAGGACUUAUUCACUUUUUUUUAAUAAACUUCUGACAGGAAAUGACAUCAGUGAGGGAGCUUUUAUGGGUGACCUUUCAUAAAACAAAUCCUAAGUAUCCCUUUAAGUGAAAGCUAUAUAGAAAYGUGCCAUUUCAACAUGUAAAAAUCUGCACAAUAACUGCUGCCGUGCCUCAGUUUGUGUGAAACUAGAAAACUCCUCAUAGCAUGACCAGGGCUAAUUGGUAAAGGACACAGUGGACGAGUCUGAACUGUGUGAGGAUAUCUGCACGCAUUUAACGUUGUGUAACCUUUAUUGGAUAAUAUAUUCAGGUAAUGGUUAAGCUCCCCURGAGUUUCUGAGAUGACUGGAAUACAAACUCGUUUGCUGUUGUGGCAUCUUUUAUUUUUUUCUGACUACAGUUAUAUUUCCAAAACACUAGGAAAUGGUUUCCUCAGAUAUACUUUAUUGGCAUGUGUGCAGCAUCGUAGGCUUCUAGUAGUUGUGCCCUCAGCCAGCAAUUUAGUUUAGUAGGCGCUCACGAUGUGUUUGGUGUUUUAGGAGAAGCUAACAUAUCCAUAGAUGGUUUUAAGCCAUGAUUUCAGAAAGACUAAAGACAAAAGAAUAACUGCCUAAAGUUGAAUUGCAUUACACUGUGUUAAAGUAGUUCUUAGUUCUCUCAAAACGAGGAUAAUUGAUGUGGAAUGUCACAAAUGUGUUUGUGUUGUUACAUGAAACUUAAGCUGUUCAUUUAAGACGUCUUAACUCUCCAGGAUCUGAAAGACAUUACUGGAUGCGAACAGCUUGACGCUUGCUGCUUAAAACCUUUAGUGGCAUGAAACUUAAUGUGUUAGCACUGUAAAUGCAAAAGGAGUGUCUCAGAUGUGAUUCAUAUACUUAGGUGUUUUUAAAGCUUCUUUUUCAUGCUAUGAUGUUAAAUAACCAUGCAGUGCAUUUUCUGUCAUUGUUCUUGCUAAAAAUGGAUUGUGUGCUCAAGAGCAAAAAGAUACAAUUUCACUCACUUGUCUUAAUUUGGA